AAAAUGCGUGUAUAUUCCACAAAACGUUUGUUUCCGGGGUUUUGUACCCGCCGUCUGAGCACGGUUUAAGGCAUACGUGUGCUAUUGAAUUACUGUAAAUCUUGGAAUUGCAGUUUUUGUAGCUACAAAAAAAUGAAUACGGUUCUGUCGAGAGCGAACUCUUUGUUCGCCUUCUCCCUGAGCGUCAUGGCGGCCUUAACUUUCGGAUGCUUCAUCACCACAGCGUUCAAAGACAGAAGAGUUCCGGUGGACAUCCACGUCUCCAAAGUGAUGCUGAAGAACGUGGAUGACUUUACUGGACCCAGAGAGCGCAGCGAUCUUGGUUUCAUUACCUUCGACCUCUCAGCUGAUUUGCAGCCAAUUUUUGACUGGAAUGUCAAACAGCUGUUUCUCUAUCUGUCUGCUGAGUAUGCCACAAAGAUCAAUUCUCUGAACCAGGUGGUGCUGUGGGAUAAGAUUGUUCUUCGAGGCGAAAACACCAAACUGAACCUCAGAGACAUGAAGUCCAAAUACUUCUUCUUUGAUGACGGGAACGGACUCAGGGCCAAUAAGAACAUCACUCUCACGCUGUCCUGGAAUGUUGUUCCCAACGCUGGAAUCCUGCCCCUGGUUGCUGGAAGUGGACACAUCAGCCUCCCUUUUCCAGAAGCAUACGAGACCACCAAGAGCUACUAGACCAAGACACACGUCCAGCUUGCUUCGAUGUGCCCUACGCUCAGACCGAUGAAACAAGAUUAGCAGAAACAUACACUGGUGUUGUAAAUGAGUUUUUGGUUUAUAAUAAAAGUUGAGACUGUUGAAGUCGAAAGUUGA